AUGGCUUCCAUGCCUUUCUCUGCAACUUUUUCAACCCCUCUACACGGUUAUUCUCAAACAAAAACAACAAGAAGCUCAAAUUCUUCAGCUUCAUGCCCUUCCAUGGCUUUCUGGACCCCCUCCGUCAAAUCUUCACUUGGGUCAUCUAAAUCAGCAAUUUUCCAGAACGGGUUCUCUUUGAAAUCACCGAGUUUUAAUGGGGUUUUCUUCAAAGCUCGGUCUUUGGGUGUUUAUGCAAGAGCAGCUACAGAGAAAACUCUUUAUGAUUUCAGUGUCAAGGAUAUUGACAGAAAGGAUGUUCCUCUUAGCAAAUUCAAGGGGAAGGUUCUUCUGAUUGUGAACGUGGCUUCAAAAUGUGGAUUGACUUCUUCAAAUUACUCAGAACUGUCACACUUGUAUGAAAAGUACAAAACUCAAGGAUUUGAGAUUCUAGCUUUCCCUUGCAAUCAGUUUGGGGGCCAAGAGCCUGGAUCAAACCCAGAAAUCAAGCAGUUUGCUUGUACAAGGUUUAAAGCUGAAUUCCCUAUUUUUGACAAGGUUGAUGUCAACGGUCCCAGCACAGCCCCGGUUUACCAGUUUCUGAAAUCAAGCGCAGGAGGUUUUCUAGGUGACCUUGUCAAGUGGAAUUUUGAGAAGUUUUUGGUGGACAAGAAUGGUAAAGUUGUUGAGAGAUACCCACCAACAACAUCACCUUUUCAAAUUGAGAGUAUAGAGGAAAAUGAGAGUGAGAAUGGGAGUGAGGAUGAGAUUGAGAGAGAGGAUGAGAGGGGAGGAUGA